CCUUGGACUUGAGGGGAUCAUCACCUACCAUCCCGCCCGCCCGCUUCUUCCUUUUGCGCCGGACUCUCACCUGGACUGCACUACCUAUACUCGAGACACAACCCGACGUUUUGCGCCGCCGCCGCCGCCAGCCGCCGCGCUGAACUUAAAAGAUCCCGGAGACCGCUCCCGAGACGAGCGGUUGAACUUGUACGACAACAACUGGGAAUAAACAGUAUACGACGACACGUUCGGAAGACACAAGCGGGGAACAUACCUCUACGGUCACGAAACGACGACGACGCACCCGGUUCGUUCUGUUGCGCAUACGCCUUGGUUACGGACACACACCUCCAAAGCUGAAGUUUGAAGAAGAGGGGGAAGAAGAUACGGCGCCUUGAUCGUCGCAAGUCGCAAGUUGGAUAGGAUAGGAUAGGAUAGGAUACGGGCUCGGAACGAGGAACGAAAGGUUACCGUACCCGCUCGCUGCGCUCGGUCACGGUUGACUGGUCAGGAUGAUGGAAACACCUACUUCUUCGAGCAUCAAGAAGGCGGCUGCCUCUGUGAAUUUGGAGUCGGAGUUGACUUGUUCUAUCUGCACCGACCUCCUCUACCAACCCCUCACCCUCCUCGACUGCCUGCACACCUUCUGCGGCGCCUGCCUAAAAGAAUGGUUCGCCUCACAAGCCUACCGCGCCGAGACCUCCCCCUUACCACCCCCUCCACCCUCAGAGCAACACAAAGUCUUCACCUGUCCAGCCUGCCGAGACCCCGUGCGCGACACCAAACACGAUGCGCGGGUCGCUACUUUACUAGAGAUGUUCCUGGCCAUGAAUCCCGAGCGCACGCGCCCCGAGGAAGAACGGAAAGAGAUGGAUGAGAGGUAUAGAAAGGGGAGUAAAGUGCUGCCGAGGAUAAAGAGGUGGGAAGAACGCACGGAAGAGGAGAGGAGGUUGGAUGAGGAGGAACGGAGGGUGUUGCAUGAGGUGCAGGAGAUGAGUUUGAGGGAGGCUUGGGCGGCGUUGGAGGCUGGGAAUGGUAGUAUGUUAGGGACGACUGGGAGUGCGACGGGGAGUAUGGUGGGUAUGGUUGGAGGAGGGAGUGGGAGUGCGGUUGGGGGUUCGUCGGAGAGGAGGAGGAGGGCGUCACAGGCACCGCAUUCUUCGCACCAGGGGAGGACGAGUAGGGAUGUUAGUAGGAAUAGGGCCUCGGGAACUGGAACUGGAACUGGGAGUAUGGUGGGCAGGGAUAGGGAACGGGUGAGGGAUUCGUCGGCUGCGCCUAGUAGUACCAGCAGGAUACGGGCGCAGAGCGCGACGCUACAUCCGGAGAAUCAUUAUGCGGAGGAGAGGAGGAGACGGAGGAGUGAAUCGCGGCAACGAGAGACGGAAGCGAGGACGAGACAGCUUGAACAUCAGUCAUCUCUUAGAUCGCUUAUCAGCGCUGAUGACCUGGGCGAUAUCGAUAUUGAGCGGGAGAUUGAGGAGUUUGCGCGACAGAUCCAGGAGGAAGGGUUGCUGGACGGGCUAGAUUUGGAUAACAUCGACUUGGACAACAACGACGAGCUCAGCAAGAAGAUCAUGGAGGCGUACAGGAGGCGACACCGGGAGAGGACACGGGCCAAUGCGGAGCGGAAUGCGAGGAGGAAUACGGCUUCCAGUACGACGACGCAAUCAUAUAGGCCGGAGCCCUUGGCGACUUCGUGGACGAGACCGCCGCCGGAUCACGCUACACGACCAGCGAGCAUACGCACACGGUCAAGGGAGCCAAGCGCCAGCAGUAACGAGGAACGACAUCGAUAUCCCCCAUCCGCGGGUUCGGCUCAUUUGGAUGUUCAGGGAGCUUCGAGAAGGCGAAGGACGACAAGCAGUGCCAGCCGGAGUUCGACCGUGCCAGUCCCGUCACAGGGCGAACAACAACAACCCCGUGUGUCAGCCCACCGUUCCCAGACCACUUCUGAAGCGACGCAACCAAUCAGACCCAGCGCGGGAGUGAUCACGGAGGCACGAAGCUCCAGUUCACCAACCGUCAGCAGCAACCCGCUACUGACAACAACCACGGCAAACUCAUCAGACAUGAGGUCACUGUCGUUCAAUGCUCGAGCGGCGGGGAUAGGAGUCACACAACCACAUACACAAACAGACGGUUCAUCGGAUUCCGAUACUUCAGGAAGGAGGAGAAGAAGGACAACCUCUGGUCGGCCUAGUACAUCAGAACUUGCUUCCGCCCCGUCGGUACCCAACUUUGUAUCAACCUCCGGUCCCGUAAGCACACAUCUGGGCACCCCACCAGCACCGUCUCAGUCCAAUAUGCCGCGCUAUCCGGAACCCAUCAUCAACUGCAACGGCUGCGGCAUGGAGCACAUCGAGUAUAAACUGCACUUCAACUGCUCCAUCUGCCACAACGGCGACUGGAACAUCUGUCUCGACUGCUGGCGCAAGCGCAAAGGAUGUCUGCACUGGUUCGGUUUCGGCUACGCCGUCUGGCACCGCUGGAACAAGGCCAAAGCUAACCAUCCAAAUCUCCCUCCUCCGCACCGGCUGACCGCCGUCCGGUACCUACCUCCCCCAAAACCAAGUGACACCAGUCCGCGCGCCCGCAGCCUCGCCAACCCUCUUGACCGGCUGCAAAGCGGUACGUUCUGUUGUCGCUGCUCAGCCUUUGCCAAUGAGUGCUACUGGCGCUGCGAAUUCUGCAAUGAAGGCGAGUGGGGGUUCUGCAAUAACUGCGUUAACCAGGAAAAGGCUUGCUCGCACCCCUUGCAAGCACUCACUUACCUACCUCCUCCAGCUUCGUCCGUCUCUCCAAGCGGUACACCACCAGCGGCAGCAGAUUCCACUUCCACACCACCAACCAGCCCAUCCGCAAACCCAACUACAACCACAACAACUACAAGUAGUCACUCCCGCUCCUCCUCCAUCUCCCGCCCCUCGUCCUUAGCCGGUCCACCACCCUUCUCAAAACCCAACCUCUCCGCCCCCGCCACCGGCGCCUACAGACCCUUAACCUUCUCCCCGCCCUGCGAACUCUGUUCCGUCCCGAUCCCUCCCCACGACCUACGCUUCCACUGUCCCUCUUGCCCUUCCAAACACACACCCCAACCCCGUGCUGGGGAAUACAACCUCUGCCAGUCUUGCUACCACUCACUGGUCCCGGAAUCGAUAGCAGAAGAAAACGGUCCCCUCGGCUGGCGCCGCUGUCCCCAGUCUGGUGGUCACCGAAUGACCAUCGUAUCUUUUGUUAUUGACGACCGCACGGGCGUUGAGAGAAGAAAGGUUAUGAAAGAGAUUGUUGGGGGACAUCGGUUGAAGGUGGAGAGUUUUUUGCUGGGGGGCGUGAGGGGGAUGCAGAUUUGGAGUUGGAGGGAUGAUUCCUCCUCCCCUUCUUCUGGGCUGCCACUACCUUCGCCAUCCGCAUCUGAUACUUCCCAUACUUCCCACAACUCCGUCUCCUCUUCCGGGGCAGGCCAAGGUGGAAAGGACUCAGACGAAAAGGAUACCUCUAAGGAAAAAGAAAAAUGGGUGCAGAGACUGGUAUCCCUAGACGUCUCCCACCCCGCCGUACCACCAGGUCACUCCCCGGAAGAACCAUUAUCACCACUCUCACCUACCUCACCCAUACCCAUGUCGCCCACAUCCCCCAACAGCACCCGCUCCCCCCCUGGUCAUGGUCAUGGUCAUGGGAGAUUCACAACCGACACCUUCCCCCCCGACGGCGGCACGGGAACAAAGUGCACUGCAAGAUUCAGCUGGUACCGAUCUUCCCCCGAAGCCAAGAACGAGUUGAUUUUCCCCAAGGGGGCCGAGAUCACCGAGGUGGAAGGGUUGAAUGAGGAGUGGGGGGUGGGGUGGUAUAUGGGGGAGGUUGGAUUGUUUCCUAGGGGGUAUGUGAGGUGAGAGGAUGUAUCUGCGGAGGUUGAAGCUUUGGUUGCGUUGAGUAAUUGUUUUGACGACGAUGAUAAUGAUGAAGAUGACGAUCAUGAUCAUGAUUAUGGCACGAUCAAUUUGGAUGAUGAUGAUGAGAACUUGAAGUUUGCUUAUCAGUAGCUAAUUCAUAAUGGAAAGGGGAACUUGCUAAGACUGGGUGGUGUAAAAGCCCAAACAAACCAAACAGAUAAUCGCUAUUUCGCUGGUUAUUCCUA